AUGACACAGACGAGCCUCAGGGGAGCCUCGCCUAUUUUGAAAUGCAGAGCCUUCCACUUAAUCUUGGGCGGAGCUGCCGAUGUAUGGGAAGGAAAGGCCUCGGUGCAAUGCCUGGAGGAUAUGAGAGAAGCCCUUUCAGCUCUGAAAGACGGCCUCAACAUGAACACUUUGUUCUGGAUGGACUUGUGCAGCAAGAAUCCUGCCACCUAUGACGAACUGGUGGAAAUGAUGAGAGUAGAGAUCGUCAAUAAGGAAAUGAUUGAUCAUCAAAAUCAUGCCGCGCAAGGACUCCCUCUGCCUCAGAGGCAGGCACUGGCUUCCGCCACAUUGAAUGCAGUGCCGGUAUUGGCAUACGAUAAUGUUCUAGGCGAAGCAGGACCAUCUAGAAGAGCUGAUAAUAAUAAGAAGAAGAAGCGAUCAAACGGGCCCUUGGAAGGGGCAAGAUUCUGCACUUUCCACCAACUCUAUCGGCAUAACACUAGUAAAUGCCGAGACGCUAAUCGACACCCAGAUCGAAGCAACCCACAUCCUUUCAGCAGGAUCGAAUAUCCUCCCAAAUCCACCUCCCCGAACAGGGAAGAGAGAGGGCGUAGAGAGCAAUCGCCCAGGAGAAGAAAAUCAAGGGACCGAGGACAAUCUAGACAGAGAGAUCAGGCCCCAUUCUCUGGGAGCCAAGUCAUCAGGGAGAUUGACACAAUCAUUGGGGGACCUCACAUCGGUGGUAACACUAGGAACGCCCAAAGGAAUUACAUAAGGGAAGCAAAGGACCCGUCAAUGAUUACCUACAUUGUCAACAAGUCACAGGCGGCCAAUAAGAUGGCUCCAAUUACUUUCUCCCAGGAAGAUGCAGAAGGAGUUCACCACCCCCAUUGUGACGCAUUGGUUGUAAAGGUCGUAGUGGCUAGAAAGGGACUCAAACGCAUGCUCGUCGAUAAUGGAAGUUCAGUGAACAUACUGUUCGGCUCCACCCUCGACAAAAUGUAA